AUGACCUCCGAUGUCCAAGCAGGUGGAGAUGGACGGCCGCUCGAGUUUGAUGUUGUCCCAGUAGAUCCCAACUUUGAAUUACCUGCAAAACUCUUUGUAGACUGGAACGUUGGUCUCUACAGCAAACUGCAAACUCUGAACGCGGAGUUUGUUGGGAUGGGACACGCGCCGUGCUUAUUCAAGAAGGACUCUUCCUACGUUACAGUCCACUUCAACGCUUUUGUCACUGCGUGCUAUGCAUUGUUUGAGAGAUACCUGCAAAACAUAAACGCCCGCGAGACUGUUGAUGAAAACAUUAUGCGUCUGUCAAUUGAUCUGGAGCACUCCAGGAAGAUGCACAGUCGCUGCAAGGCGGAACUCGAGUUGUCGCAGACGGCAGUUCAUCAGGGCAAGGAGCGAGAACGGAAACUGGAGGCAGAGAAGUCGACUUUGUGCGCUCAGCUUCGGGCCUCAAAUGAAUCGGUGAGUUGUGUCGGAUGGUUGUCCAGUCAUCCGCCCGACCUCUCACAACUGUCCAACUGCUCACCUCCAACUACGAAGUCGAUGUUACUCUUGGCACCGUCCUGUCUGGUUCACCUCAGCAGCCAGUCGUGUCGAUGUGGCGCCAAUCGUCAAGCAUUAAUCUACCUCACCAACUUCCUGCCCCCUCCCCACGUGUUACCCCUGGCAACGCCUAUUUCCCGUGUGAAUUCCGGUCUACGAUGUGCUGCCCCACUAGAUCAUUCGCAGUGUAUGACAGCGGUGUUGCAUGGUCUCGUGACUUUUAAUCUACACACCAUAGUACCACCACUCACAUUAGAGGACCACGCUCCAUCUGUGGCAUUGUCCGAAAGUCCCAAGAUUCUAUGGGGAUAUUUUCACACUGAUUUGCUGCAUUUCCGCUGUCAGAUCCGCCGAAUGCGCUCCGACAUGCAGCACCGCACCACGCAGUUUCAGCACGAAGUGAAAAAGCGCGAGCAGGAGUCGCUUGGGUUGAAGAACCGCCUUAACCUCCUCCUUCGAGGCCAGUCGCAGUCGCGGUGUGUUCGCUCGAGUAGCGCCGUUGCUGGCUCGCGGAAGAUCGAGCGGUUGACCUCCUCCGCGUCCGCUACAACCGACUCCACAGAAGAACACGGCACUCUCAGGAGUCAGCUCGAUCUCGCGCGUAGCAUGCUGGCGCACCUGACCUCACGGGAGAACGACUUGUUCUACGAGAACCGUGAACUGCGCGACUUGAUUAGCGUCCUCUCCUCGCGCAUGGUGCGCUUCUCCCGCCACCUCAAACUCCGCCGACUUUGGCGCCGUGACGUCGUCGCUGUCGUGGAUGCAGACGACGACGACGACGCCAACGACGAGGUGGAGGAGGAGGAGGAGACGUCGUUGGACGGUGUGAGUGGAGACGAAGCAGUAGACGCAACCAACGAUUUCUCUGCCUCCUUCUCCUCUUCCUCCACCUCUUCGUCCGACGAGGACGAUGUCGCCGCGUCGGGAUCACGGCGCGACCGCCGACGCCAGUCCGCCAACGUGCACGCCCUCCUGCUGGAGAUGCCCUUCCACAUGGUGCGCGACCACCUCACCCGUCGCGUCCACCGUCUCUCGCGUCGCCUCUGGCGCGAGGUGAAGGCCGUGGGAGCGUCGACUUCGCCUCCUCGUGUCGGCGAUGACGCCACCAGUGAAGACGACCAGACAUUGUUGAGCACUGGCGACACCUCGACGAAACUGGCCCUGGAGGAGGAGUUGAGUCGGUGCAGGCUGAAGUUGGAUCAGUGUGAACGGCAACUCAAGGCAGACGGCCUCAUUGCUGUAAGUCACCUGUUCGUCUUUCAUCUGGUAGAAAUUUGCCGGGGGUUUUACACGCAAACUCCGCGGUGGGAUGGUCCGCAAUGCAUUGAAAACCGACAAAGCGGUGACCGAUCGAGCGAUUUGAAUCAAGCUAGUAAAAAAAAAGCCUCCGAGGUUGUUGUACCGAGAAGCCAACAACGUCUCGCGCUUGUCAAACCGGUUCUUGUGAUCUUCGUCGUUGUUUACUCGCGCCUCUCCGCCCGUCCCUUCCCCCACUUGGAAUUUGUAUUAAAGCAGCGCAAGCAAUUGCGCCUUGCCGACGCGUUUGGUUGUCAGCCGCCAGCUCUCGGCAGCGUCCGACGCGCCGACUCGCCUUGUCUGCCUUGCGGAAAACGCACCAUCGGUUCACGCUCCGUGGAGACUGCAGAUCCAUCUGCGUCAAGUUGCGAACAAGCUCCAAUCGGGUCGGCUUGUAGCUCCUCGGUAGAGCUGCUUUCUGAAAGUGAAUUCACCGCGGAACGGUCUCCGCGUCGCCUCCAGAUCCCAGACUCGCCUAACGCAAUACUCCAGCAGUAUUCGCCAAGACAAAGUAAUGAGACUGCCUGCACCGCCAAAGCCGACUUCACUCCGACGCCACGACGUCUGCGUGCGCGUCGUUGGCCGCACCGGAACUCGAACCGACGCAAGGCCACCAGCGCCCUCCAACUACCUCAGCAACCACAUCCACCUUAA